UAGCAGAGGCCACAUUUAUAUUUAUAUCUCAUACACAUCCAAGAACCGCUGCGAAGAAUUUCUUUAAAAAAUGUCUAACACCGAAGAACCAAUGGAGGAAUAUAAUGGAGAUUCAUUCGGGAAAGUCAAGCAGCGCUUUAAAGAUCGACCCAAGAAAAUGGCACAAACGAAGGAGAAGACGAAGCAGAUGUUAUCCAAACAAGCCGUUAAGAUCGCCCAACGUGCCGAGGAACAUGAACGAUUUAUUCACAAGGUGACUCAUCUUUUGGGAGUUCUUGGGUUUGGGGCAUUUUGCUUUAUUUUGGGUGCAAGGCCACAGGAUAUUCGAUAUGUUUACUGUUUGUUCUAUGUUACCUUUGUUCCUCUUCGAUGGAUCUACUACAGAUUCAAGAAAUGGCAUUACUCCUUUUGGACUUCUGUUAUUAUGCAGACACAAUUUUCUUAAUCAUGCUUCUGGCUUUUCCUACAAAUGAGAGGUUUUUCAUGGUUUGUUUCUCGUUUGCAGAGGUAAGCCUCUUAAGCAAAGCUUUA